UUUAAGACAUACGGGUGACGAUUAGUACGACGUAACCAAGCAAAUACACACAGAGGAAAAUGGCGGAGAUAAACGAUACAGUAGAAAAGAUUCAACCAGUUGAAGGAUCUGAAGAGAAGGCCGAGGAAACUGUGGAAAGUAAGAAUGUUUCUUCCAGUAAUGGAGAAGAAAACACAGGCAGCACAGCAGAGAAGAGAUCAGCUGAAGACACUGACGCAAAUCCUGCCCCAGCAAAAGUUGUCAAGUUAGGAUUUUCCAUCGGAAGUCUGGCAGUAAAGAAGCCACCUGGGAUAUCCAUCAAACUGGGAGUAACUGACAGCCCCCCCGAUGAAGUACCUCGGAAGCGUAAGUGCAAAAGGAGGUUUAUUACUGAAGGAGUUACAGCAGAGAGGUUUAUUGCUGAAUUUGACAUUGUAUUUAAAAUCAACCAGUCGUUUUUCUAUGCAUGUGAUAAGUAUACUUCAGUGAAACAAAUCGCUGAAACCUUUUCUUUUUAA